UAACUGGGUUCCAAUUAGAAAAAAUAGUAUCAUGUCUGCUCACAAUCUCAACUACAAAAACCCACCCCCCAUUCUCUUCCAUUCCUCCUUCAGUUGCUACCACUCAAACAUUUUUCACUAAAACACACACUUUCUGAAAAGAACAAGGAUCCAUUUUCUUUCCCCCAACAUGGCCAGACCACAACAGCGUUACCGAGGUGUCCGACAAAGGCAUUGGGGCUCUUGGGUCUCCGAAAUUCGCCACCCCAUAUUGAAGACUAGGAUAUGGCUUGGUACAUUUGAAACAGCUGAGGAUGCUGCUAGGGCCUAUGAUGAAGCAGCUAGGCUAAUGUGUGGUGCAAGGGCAAGAACAAACUUCCCUUUCAAUCCAAAUGUGUCACACUCAUCAUCUUCUAGUUCAAAGCUUCUCUCAGCAACUUUGACUGCAAAACUUCACAGGUGCUACAUGGCUUCUUUGCAAGUGACAAGACAAGCUUUGGCAUCUGAGUCUCAGAGAACACCACCCUCAGUGCAAAAUGCAACAACCUCCACAACCACACCAAUUAGCAACAACUUCAGUGUGAAGAGUGAGCAAACUCAUGCAGUGUUGCCACAUAAGAGACCAGAGGAGGAGCAAGAGUCAGAGGCAAAUAGGGGUGUGAAAAGGGUUAAGGCUGUGGAAAAUGUUCCUCUGCAAUUCAAGCCUCUUGAGGAAGAUCACAUAGAGCAAAUGAUUGAGGAGCUUCUUGAUUAUGGAUCUAUUGAACUCUGCUCUGUCAUUUCACCCCAGGCCCUCUAAUUGAAUGUGCAUGUUUUUGAGCUGAAUUUAAAGUCACAAUUGUAGGUUGCCUUGUGAUUAACAAAAUUAUGGGUAAAAUUUGACUGAAAUUGCUGCUGUGGUUGUGAAGAGCACAGAAAGAGUGGCCACAAUUGCAAUUACAUAAUGCAAUUUAAAUCGGACAAAAUUUAAAUGCA